CCAUGGUAUCAUGGAAGGAGACAAUGACUCUGUGGUGACUGAAUUUAUCCUGGUAGGAAUUUCUGGUGGCCCUCAUGUGAAGUUCACCCUCUUUGGCUUCCUUUUUGCAAUCUACCUACUGACCCUGGUCGGAAACACUCUCCUGAUCCUGCUCACCAGAGUAGAUCUCCGACUCCACACUCCCAUGUACUUUUUCCUCAGUAACUUGUCCUUCUUAGAUAUCUGCUAUAUCACCAUCAAUGUCCCUCAGUUGAUGGUCCAUUGCCUCUCCAAGAGACCCUCCAUCUCCCUGGGCAGGUGCUUGGCUCAGAUGUACAUCUCACGCUUCUUGGGGAUAACUGAGUGCCUUCUGCUGGCUGUGAUGGCUUAUGACCGCUGGGUGGCCAUCUGCAAGCCACUCAGCUAUACCCUCGUCAUGAGCAACAGGGUCUGCCUCCAACUGGCAGCCAUGUCAUGGAGUGGCAGUUUCCUCCUGUGCCUGUCUGAUUUCCUGGCCAAGCAACCUCGUUUUUGCGGGCCCAACUUCAUCAACCACUUUGCUUGUGAGCUCCAGUCCAUGCUGAAGCUGGCCUGUUCGGACACCCGCAGCAACCAAAUCGUGAUGAUCAGCACCAGCGUCCUGGUCCUGCUGGUGCCCUUUUCCUUCAUCCUCGUGGCCUAUGUCCACAUCAUUGUGGCAGUGCUGAGGAUCCACUCCACCCAGGGCAGGACCAAGGCCUUCUCCACCUGUGCCUCCCACAUCACAGUGAUGGCCUUGUUUUAUGGGGCAGCCAUCUUUGUGUAUCUGCGUCCUCAGUCCAAAUCUUCUGCGGAUCAGGACAAGUACAUUUCCCUCUUUUACGGAGCAGUUACUCCAGUUCUAAACCCUCUGAUCUACAGCCUGAGAAACAAGGAUGUGAAGGAGGCCCUGAGGAAGUUGGCAGGAGCAAAAAUGAAUUGCUGA